CAGAGGGACCCCGACCGGUGGCUUCCCCCCCCCCGCCCUCCCCGAGGGAUGGUGCAUAUCUCCCCGGCCCAAGGAGCGGGGCUGGGGCUCCUUCGCAGCACCGCUGAGGCGCAGUACGGGCGAAGGACGCGAUGAGGACCGAGGCCGGCGUUUGGCUCCUCGGCUUGUGCUACCUGGUCGCCGCGGUCGCGGAGGAAGCUGAGAUCCCCCAAGAGGUGAUAGAAAGGCUGGCACACAGCGAGAUCCACAGCAUCCGUGACCUGCAGCGCCUCCUGGAGAUUGACUCCGUAGGGUACGACGAUGCCUCGGAAACCAACUUGAUACUGCAUGGCGUUCACUCCAUAAAACACGCACAAGAUAAUCGCCCCAGACCCGUUCGUAGGAAAAGAAGCAUCGAGGAAGCCAUUCCUGCCGUCUGCAAAACCCGAACCGUCAUCUACGAGAUACCUCGGAGCCAGAUCGAUCCCACGUCGGCAAACUUCCUGAUAUGGCCGCCGUGUGUGGAGGUGAAACGCUGCACGGGCUGCUGCAACACCAGCAGUGUGAAAUGCCAGCCGUCGCGGAUACACCACAGAAGCGUCAAGCGAGCUUUUGGAAGCAAGAUCCUUAAUGGUGACAUUUUGUUAUGUCAAUCUAAAUUGAUUGUGUCAGUCUACCGCCAACCCAGCGGGUUCGAAAGCGCCGAUUAA